GGAAAAUUAAAUUGGCGAUGAAGGUGCAUCAGGCUUAGGUUCUGCUUUAGCAAAUUGCAUUAAUCUCUCAAAUUUGACACUUGACCUUUGGGUAAAUUAAAUUGGUGCAAUUGGUGCAUCAGGCUUAGGUUCUGCUUUAGCAAAUUGCAUUAAUCUCUCAAAUUUGACACUUUACCUUUAUGGAAAUUAAAUUGGUGCAAUUGGUGCAUCAGGCUUAGGUUCUGCUUUAGCAAAUUGCAUUAAUCUCUCAAAUUUGACACUUUAGCUUGGUUACAAUUAAAUUGGUGACGAAGGUGCAUCAUGCUUAGGUUCUGGUUUAGGAAAUUGUAUUAAUCUCUCAAAUUUGACACUUAACCUUUGUAGUAAUAAAAUUGGUGACAAAGGUGUAUCAGGCCUAGGUUCUGGUUUAGCAAAUUGCAUUAAUCUCUCAAAUUUGACACUUUAACUUAGUUACAAUUAAAUUGGUGACGAAGGUGCAUCAUGCUUAGGUUCUGGUUUAGGAAAUUGCAUUAAUCUCUCAAAUUUGACACUUGACCUUUU